AUGGACGCCAUGUUCAACAAAAGGUCGGGGAGAUCUUUCUCUGCGGCGUUUGUCAUCCUCGCUUUUGUUGCCUUCGGAUGCAAGUUCCAAGUGGCUGUUUUGGGCUCCUGUUUGAGUGGGUGUGAUUCCGGCUAUCAUGGAUCGUGCGUUUGCGAUAAUCUGUGUAUGGUGCUCGACGACUGCUGUGCGGAUUAUUUCAACCUUUGUUAUGCUGCGGUGACUACCACGCCGCAUACCAACUUUGCAGACUCAAAUCCGCCUACAUUCACCACCGGUUGCCCUGGCAACAUCACUCGCCUGGUUGCUAUGGACAUUGAGUCGAUUCCUGUGUCAUGGCCAGAAUUGAAUGCAUCAGACCCAAGCUUACCGUUGCUAUGGAACUCCAGCCAUCAGCCUGGUCACAUGUUCCAAACUGGCGAGGUUUCCAUGGUAACAUACAUUGUGACUGACAAUGAAGGAAACUCAGCACAUUGUGACUUCACCGUGACAGUGACAGGGGUUGAACUUCGCUGUCCAGCCAACAUCACAGCUGCUACUGACCCUGGAAGUAAUACCACCUCUGUUUCAUGGGCUCAGCCCCAAGUGAUCUUCAGUUCACCUCAUGGGCAGGACACCAGUGCGAUGCGUGCGCAUCUUGAUCACGUCUCAUCAGGAGACUACUACUUUAUUGGCUCUGAUGAUGACGACGUCAAUGAUGACGAUGACAGUGGUAGUGGUGUUUUAUACUUCCGUGAUGAUGGAGGGACACCAAUUCGGUUGCUGUCCGAGAACCACCCUGGAGAGUUCUUCAGUAUAGGAUCAACUCCUGUUUUCUACCGGGUUGAGGGCACCGAGAUCGAAUGCGAUUUCGUCGUCAUUGUCGAAGAUAAUGAACCUCCAAAGCUUUAUGAAUGUCCAGCUGACGUCACCAUCCCAGUCAGCUCAUCGGUCAAUCAGGUGCGUCACAGGUGGACUCCUCCAAUGGCCUCUGACAACUCUGGUCGUCAAGUGGAUGUGACGUUCAGUUGCUUAGCAGCCACAGCCGGUGACUGCGAUCGAGCUGGCAACGGUACCUUUUCAGUUGGAGAAUUUACGAUGAUGUACAGAGCGGAAGAUGCAUCUGGAAAUGAGGAUGUUUGCACGUUUACUGUGACGGUUACAGGGGUUGAACUUCGCUGUCCAGCCAACAUCACAGCUGCCACUGACCCUGGAAGUAAUACCACCUCUGUUUCAUGGGCUCAUCCCCAAGUGAUCUUCAGUUCACCUCAUGGGCAGGACACCAGUGCGAUGCGUGCGCAUCUUAAUCACGUCUCAUCAGGAGACUACUACUUUAUUGGGUCUGAUGAUGACGACGUCAAUGAUGACGAUGACAGUGGUAGUGGUGUUUUAUACUUCCGUGAUGAUGGAGGGACACCAAUUCGGUUGCUGUCCGAGAACCACCCUGGAGAGUUCUUCAGUAUAGGAUCAACUCCUGUUGUCUACCGGGUUGAGGGCACCGCGAUCGAAUGCGAUUUCUUCGUCAUUGUCGAAGAUAAUGAACCUCCAAAGCUUUAUGAAUGUCCAGCUGUCGUCACCAUCCCAGUCAGCUCAUCGGCCAAUCAGGUGCGUCACAGGUGGACUCCUCCAAUGGCCUCUGACAACUCUGGUCGUCAAGUGGAUGUGACGUUCAGUUGCUUAGCAGCCACAGCCAGUGACUGCGAUCGAGCUGGCAACGGUACCUUUUCAGUUGGAGAAUUUACGAUGAUGUACAGAGCGGAAGAUGCAUCUGGAAAUGAGGAUGUUUGCACGUUUACUGUGACGGUUACAGCUGUGAAACUCGUGUGCCCAGCAAAUGUCUCGGCAUUAGCAAGUCCUGGCUUGAAAAGUACCAGUGUGGGCUGGUCGGAACCGGAUUUAACUGGAUGGGACGGACCUACAAACUUCACUUCAAGCUCAAAUCCUGGUGUUGAGUUGUUGAUAGGAACUCACCGAGUAGACUUUCAGCAAUAUUUUGAGGCAUAUAACCUGAACUUGGAGUGUUCGUUCUUUGUAGUGGUAUUAGACAACGAGCCUCCUCAGCUUGAUGACUGUCCAGCUGACGUCAUCAUCCCUGUCAGCUCAUCGGCCAAUCAGGUACAUCACAGGUGGACACCUCCAAUGGCCUCUGACAACUCUGCUCGUGAAGUGGAUGUGACGUUCAGUUGCUCAGCAGCCACAGCCAGUGACUGCAACCAAGCUGGAAUUGGAACCUUUUCAGUCGGAGUUUCCACGAUUACAUACAAGGCUGAAGAUGCGUCUGGGAAUAAGAACGGUUGCACUUUUACUGUGACGGUUAAAGCUGUGGAAUUCGUUUGCCCAGCAAAUCAUUCGGUAAUAGCGAGUCCUGGCUUGAACAGUACCAGUGUUAGCUGGUCGGAACCGGAUCUAACUGGAUGGGACGGACCUACAAACUUCACUUCAACCUCAAAUCCUGGUGUUGAGUUGUUGAUAGGAACUCACCGAGUAGACUUUCAGCAAUAUUUUGAGGCAUAUAACCUGAACUUGGAGUGUUCGUUCUUUGUAGUGGUAUUAGGUGAGACAUUUGAAGUAUUUGAAGACUUGGCAAAGAUAGUUCAAAGGGUUUGUUUCAACCCCUAA